CAACAGCAGAUUAAUCGUUUUUAUAAUAUAAUGUUUUAAGUGAAAUCACGUAAAAUAAAUUAAAUGUAAAUUCAUCAACGUUUUCAUAACACAUCAACAUUCCCGUUAAACAACAUUUUUGAGGAGCGUUAUUAAUACAAAAUUAUUCCAACGAUACCAAUGUAAACGAUAAUAUUCAUUACUAUUUUAUAGUACAGAUUAUAGAACUAUUUAACUAUAAACUGGGGAACGAACUGAUCAUAGUUUAUGUACACCUGGGAUCCGGACUUCAAGUGCAACCAUGGCUGACGAUAUAGAUAUAGAGGAACAUGAUGUUUUAGACAAUCCAAUUAUUAAAAAUAUAUUUCCUGAUAUAACAAAUAUCAAGACUGAAGUGAUCGACUAUGAAGAAGAAGACCUUGAUUUUGGUAAUGAGCAUAUUGAUACACUCCAAUAUGAAACGGACCCCGAGGACAUUGACGCGGAGAUCCCUAAUCUAUUCCAAAACAGAAUUAUCCUUGGAACCAAACCAUGUGCUUCUGAUUCAUCAUCAGACGACGAAGGAACCGUGCCAAAACUUCUAGAAUCUUAUGUGGUAUUAGAAGACUGGGGUGUUUUAUUGGCGAACAGCCCAUGUUAUUGCCAUACUUGUCAGAUUUUAUUUCCCACCGAAAAUUCACUGGAUUCCCAUAAAAUGACGGCGCACUCGUUCCUAAUAGCUGUUAGGCAUAACAAGGCCAUCAAGAGUACGAGUAAGAGUUCAAUAUCAGCGAGAUUGAAAUUCGAACAGGAAGUGUGUGAGGUUAACGUUAAUCUGUGCAACCAUUGCAACGUCGCGUUUCCGGACGAAAUAGCUCUACUGAAACACUCGUACGAGCUGCUGCCGAGGAAGUUUGCGUGUGAAUUUUGCGAUCUCGUGCUGGAGACUGAGAUGGCGUGUAAGCUACAUAAGAGAGUGCAUUCGAUAGUCGAAUGUUUCCGCUGUCCAAUUUGUUCGUGCUAUUUCAAAUAUAUAAACAAGCUAAUCAGUCACGUGACCUACCAACAUCAAACGCAGCUGCCUGCUCUGCCGGAGCGUGUGUCAACUAAUUACAAUUGUGCGUUCUGUGUCGCUAAGUUCAAAAACAACAAGAGUUAUAACGGCCAUAUAUUAUACCACCAUCCGGAGUUUUAUAAGAAAACAGUGGAUAAGGCUGAAAAUGAUAAAUUUGUAUGUCCAGUAUGUAAUCUAAGGUUUCCGUCCGCGUAUUCAGAGAAGAUACACCGAGCUGCUAUCCAUACGAGUAAAUCAAGUGACGUCACAAGUCGACAGAUUAAAUUGGAGAAGAAAAUAAAAUUGGAACCGGUAUCGCCCAAGAAACUAUCACCCCAAAAAAUCGAUCUUAAUCGAAGGCCAAUACCGAGAUCAGCGUUGUUCAAAUGCAAUAAAUGUCAAUUGCACUUCGUAUCUUGUACAGUAGCAGCUGAGCACACGAAGCGUUGUGCGCUGAAGAAAGGCGAAUGGAAGUGUGGAAAGUGCCGACGUUCUUUCAAACUGGUCGACCGUCAAAAUCACGUGACGCAACACAACACGAUCGAUCGAUUCAGAGUUAUAACAGUCGAGGGCAACACGUUAAACAAACUCCUGUGCCGAUGUAUAGCUUGCAAGAUUUGCUUCGAUGAGAGAACACUACUCAAGUAUCACAUAAACGGCUGCACGGAGAGCAACUCCGUGCUGUGUAAUAUAUGCAAUUUUCGUAUCCACGAGCAUGCGAUAACAAAACAUAAAAGAAUACAUAACGAGCUGGGUUCGGAACAAUUUGUCGUCGUUGAUUACGUCAGCGCUGAUCAAUUGACGAUCGAGAAACAAACGGACGUAAAGACGGCUAAUUUAAAAAAAGAACCACGUCAACUGAAGAAGGAGAAGUUCUACUACUACUGUCCCACGUGCCAGUGUUUCAUGAAGGUCAAUAAGUUAACGGAUAAACACAACGUUGGUAAAUGCAAUAAAUAUCUCAUGAAAUGUAUUUGCAAGUUGUGCGGACUCAAAUUUUCGACGAAGAGCUUCGAGACGCACAAGAAAGAACACAAGAAAUUUCCACAUUUAAAACUUCGCGAUCUCACGUUCAAGAACACGCAAAGUUUGAAGAAAAUCAAUCCACCGUUUCCGGAUUUCAAGAAGUGCACCAAUUGUAAAGUGAUGUUUUUCAGUGGUGUCGCUCUAAAGAGCCACGUGUGUAACGUUGAAGAAGCUAAAGUUUGUGUUUAUUGUGGUGAAAAGUUCAGUGACCUCGCGUAUAAGUUACACGUUCCGUUCCACGAGUAUUCAGGCGAAAAGAAGAAAGUUUACAACGAAAAUAUACCGGAACUGAUAAAGAAAUACGAGUCAUUGAAAACCGUCUGGAAUAUACUCUACCUCUGUGAGAUUUGUGACACGAUUCUGGACGAUUACGACGAAGUAGUAGAGCAUAGUCAGAACCACUUUUGUAAUAUGGAAAGCUACAAUAUCACUAUAAAUCAUUGCUCGAUAUGUGACAUACAAAUUGUCGGCGAUUGUUACGAGAAGCAUAAACAAUUCCAUUUAGCGAACAGUGUGACCAAAAGUUCUUUCAAAAUUCUCCGUUAUAAUUACGAUACUCUUUUAACGGACGAUUGGUUUAAUAUAUUUAAAGCAUUAGCGAAGGAGCAAGUCGAUCAAAUUUUAAAUAAAAGCAAAUAUAAGCACACGAGAAGCGUUCGAAUGGAGCUGUCGGUUGAUGGACCGAUUGAUUUGACGCUGUACCAAUGCGUUGUCUGUCAAGUGAUCAUCGAUUGUAACGCUGUCGCCGAACACGCCCAGAAUCGUUCUAAUUGCGUUAAUCCGACCAAAUUUAAUUGUUCAAUGUGCCAUUUGAGUUUUUCGACGAGGGGCUCUUUAAAAUCGCACAGCGUUUUGCACGAAAAACACCUGAUCACAAACAAAACGUUCAGAAUUAUAUCAUUUAAUGACAAUAAAGAUAUAUUCGUCAACGAUUCGCUGAAAUCGAAGAGCAAUCCCGAAAGUUUGAAGUUCAUUCGUUGUCAACAUUGCGGGAAAUUAAUUAACAAAUCAAAAUACAAGAAGCACGUUGAAUACCACAUGUAUGUAGCUAAGAAGAAGCUCAUCGCCAAGGACAGCAAGAAUCAACCAAAAUUCUUGGUUCGUUCGAAGUACAAAAAGAUCGAUUCGUCGAUAGUACACAAUUUUUACAAAUGCAAAAAGUGCGGCGUUUGCGUUUUCAGGAAUAACGUCGUGAAACAUUUCUGCAGCACGACGAAACAGAAGAAACAGUGUCCGAAAUGCCAUUUAUGGUUUAGAUCGUCACAUUUGCACAAACACCUCAUGUAUCACGAUAAAUUUAAACUAACGAAAUAUAAUAUCAACGUAUUCAUAUUUAAAAACGGUAAAAUAGAAAGAGAGCGACGCAAGGAAGACCAAGUAGUUUUAUAUCAGUGCUCAGAUUGUUCCGUCUGUUUGCACAAAGAGAUGAAUAUAAAACGACACAUAUGUAUAAGUGACAACUAUCAGAAAGUGUGUCGAUUAUGCGAAAUGCCAUUCCAUUGUUCCCGUAUGCAAAUACACGAGAAGUUGCACGAAGAUAAGAAUUUCACGAGGAAUAAUGUAGUUAUAAAGAAAUUCAAAAGCAAAGACGUUCUAAAGCAAUGCCCACAGAAAUCGAAGCCGGCUACACAUUUAAUGAUAUCGAAAUAUAAAAAGACGAAAAUAAAUCCGAGGCAUUUGAAACUAAAUAAAAAAAAAACGAAAACCGAAUACGACGAUCCACAAUUCCUGAGAUUUGCACAUUUGAGGAAUUUCAAAUGUACAGAAUGCAAUUUGCUCUUCGUAACGCCGUCGGCUUUACUGAAACACCAGAAUUCAUGUUCCACUGACAACGUUGGUGUUAAAUGUGACUCGUGCGCACUUAUUUUCCACAAAUCAAUGAUAAAUUUACACAAAAAAUUGCGAAGAUGUGGUCCACGAAGCGGUAAACUAUUCAUCGUCACUAUAGACAGUAAAGCUGGAGAAAAAUAUGACGAAACAAAGUGCUUGUAUCGUUGUAACAAGUGUGGGAUUCACUUUACAUCGUUUAGAGCCAUAUUCAAUCACGUGAAAGCUGAACACGUGAUUGUGAUGAAGCCAACUAGCUGUGACUUAUGUAACAUUACACUGUCAUGCCACAGUUGUCCAAGACAUAAGCAAAUUCAUCACGAUAGAAAUUUAGCAUUAUCUGACCUUAUUAAGCUGAACGUAUUCGAUAUGAGCUUAAGCAAAGCGUUAAAAGAUCAACCGAAUAAUGAAAUGAUUAAUAUUAUUGAUAAUUCGUCUGAAGAUGACGAAAUUGACAAUCUGUAUAAACAAGUAGCCGUUAAACGGAAGACAUUUAUAGAAGACAAUGUUCCAAGUAAAUAUAUAAAAGUAAAUAACGUUAUAUCAGAAAAAAUAGUGCCAAGUCCGUUAUGUGAUAAUUUUAUCGACGAUAUUUACCACUGCGAGAUAUGUAAAUUGAACUUUUUACAUAAGAGGACGUUAGACCAUCAUAUUAAUGUCGGCCGUCACAAUGAAAGAAAAUUCAAUUGUCCUAAAUGUAAUUUGAUUUUCACGCAGAAUUCGCUGACGCGUCAUCUUAAGUUCCAUCACGAUGGAGACGAAUUGUCCGUUGUUCAUUAUGAAAGAAAACCGUUACCGUCUGAUCAUUUGGAGUUCGACACAGCUUUGAAAAAUCAAUUUCAUAAAGAAUUAGUCAAUGCUGAAUUGGACGAAUCUAUUGAUGGUGAUAAACAAGUUGCUCUCAAACGAAAAAGUUUCGCGGAAGGAGAUGUACCCAAAAAGCAUAUCAAACUAAACACUGCUAGUUCAGUAAAUACUUUGCGAAGUUCAUCAAGUAAUAGUACUAUUGAAGAAAUUUACAAAUGUGAUGUUUGCAAUGUGAAUUUCUUACACAAGAGAACACUGGAUCGCCAUACGUUUAUAGGUCGGCAUGACGAAAGAAAAUUCAACUGUCCCGAAUGCGACUUAGUUUUCACGCAAAACUCAUUAACGCGUCAUAUUAAACAAAGCCACGACCCAAAUUACUCCGUGACAUAUAUUCGGAAAACGGCUAGCCCUAAAGCAACGGACAAGCAAAUCGCUCUUAUUGAAGAGAACGUGAAAUUAACUCCAUUAGCUGUUACUAAUGAAGAUAGUAAAGCAACGGACGCUAAAAAUAAUUUACAACAAACAGACAACAAGGCGAACAAGCUGUACAAAUGUAGCGCAUGUGAUGUUUACUUCACGUGCGCAGAUGCGUGUCAAGAGCACGUGGCUAACCACGUAGCAUUGGACCCAACUGAAUACAUUGCGUGUAAGCUGUGCGAUUUGCAAUUUCUAUGCGAGUAUCUCGGAUGUCACAUGAAGGGUCAUAGAGAGAAAACGUUCAGUAUAGACGAAUUAAUCGUCGAAGAAUACCAUGUCGAUAACGGCCAUAUUAAAGUCGAUACGUAUUCCGCGGCGGAUAGAUUAAAAUCGAAGUUAGUAACUACAACAACCCAUUUCGAUACGGAAGAUGAAAAGAAUGAUAAAGACGAAAGCGUCAUUGAUUCAACGUGUUCAAUUGCGGAAUCUAACGCAAAGUAUGUGGGUAGAGUUUCAAACGAAGCGAUAAGUCCCAUUAACGAUAGAGAAGUAAAUAAAGGUGUCAAUGAUGUUGAAAUUGUAUCAGCGCCUAGUUCUGAAGCAGAAAAGGUGUUAAGUUAAGAAUACAUUAGUAUCACCGGAUAAAUGUCCUUGUAAAUAGAACAGUGAUUCGAUCGCUGUUUUGUUGAAAAUACCUCCAUAGAUUGUGAUUCAUUAAAUAUUAAUUACAUAGAGCUAGGGCUAUAUAUUAAUUACGUAGCUAGCGACCGACAAUUUACAUUUAUAUAAAAAGUGGAAUCAAUGGAAUGGUAUAUAGUGAAUGGUAUAUGGUGAAGUACAAUUGCAAAGCGGAGUACAGAAAAUUUAAUACGAGUUUCGUGAACCUUCUAAUAGAUUUGUCUGAUUGUUUCAAACAUUUAAAAUGUGAUUCGAAAUCUAAAUUAUCGAUAUAUUUUUUCUAAAAUUAUAUUUUAAAGUGUUUUAGGUGUUUAAAAUAUUAAUUUAAACGUGUGGACAGUGAAAAGACGAGAUGAAUCGGUGACAUGUUUGUAUAGACAUUUGAGUGAUUUAUAAAUUUGUUAUUGCGACCAAAAAGUUACAGGAAAUUGUAUAAAUAAUACAUUUCGUAAAUUUUUGUUGCAAUCGCUUUAACAUUUGAUACUAAACGUAUCACACUUUUUUUUUUUACAUAUGUCAUGUUUGGAUUCCAGUCUUUUCGUUACAAGGUCACAACAGUGAACAAUUAAUAUUUGAGAGGAUUUGAAAUAUUUAUCCCAUCGAUAGAAAACUAAAAAUAAUGAACGACAAAUUAUAUUUAAGAAAUUAAUAAACAAAUCUUUGUAAUAGCAUUAUACUCUAUUCCAAUCGAGGAAGAUUAUAGACAUAAUACUUAGAUCAUCAUACACCACGCAAUUUUUUUUUCCCGAAUCCAUUCUGAAUAUUACAGAUUAUUCAAGAAAUCUACUUUUUUUUUCUAUUACACUUCAAAAGUUUAUAGCGGUACUAUCUGACGUCCAAAUUGUUCAAUCCAUUGAGAAUAUCGGAGAUUAUUCAAGAACCCGUUCCAUUGGCGUCAAUUUUAUGUUUAUUAAAAAUUUCUAUAUUUGACUUUACUCUUCUUCUGAUUGAAAUAGGAUUAUAUAUUUGAACGUUCAUAAUGAAACACAGGCACCGGAUCGCCGAGGUCAUUUAUUAUAUCUUUAAAAGAAUUCAUCCCGUAAAAUGAACGUGACGUAAAUGCGAAAAGAAUGAGUUUACAUGCUAUCGCUCUUUUUGUUGUCUCUUUCGCACUUUGUACAAAUUUUAAACAAAGCUCUUUGAAAUUAUGUUCUACCUCUGUGAAAAUGUCAGCCUUAAUGAUUUAUUAUAUUCACUAGCCGUUCAUUUCGAGAUGGCCGUCGCCAGCGAAAAUAACGCCAUAGACAUAACUACAAGUACCGUUGACAAAAAAAUAAUUAUUAUGUUUUGUUACUGUAAAUAUGUUAACUUAUUGUAUGGUAACACACUAUUGCGAUUAUAAAAAGUGCAUAUUUUGAAAGAAAUUAGGCGCUUUGAUAAUAUCGGUUGUACGUUAAAGCGUCGCUUUUCGUACUUAGCGGGUCAGACGGGCGCGGUGCGGGGAAGCGGGGGUGAGGUUACUGCGAUCUGGAAAUGAACGGAUAGUACAUUGAGCACUUAAGGUCUUUUUUAGCGUCUAGCGUUUAUAUAUCAAUAUGAUUAUUAAUUAUUUAUUUUAUAAGAAAUAUGUUUGUUUAUAUGGAAAUUAUAGGAAUGACCUUUUUUUUGAAACGAAACGGUUUAAAUUUAAACGGCCUUACUUAUAAGCUUAGCGACUUAGCGAGGGUUAAACACUGAUUCAUCUCUUUCUGUCAUUAUUGAUUCGAUAUUCGAAAGAAAAAGACAGAGCAUUGUUUAAGCUAUCCGCUAUAUAAUGUUUAUAAGUAAGGAAGAUAAUUUGUUUAAUUUUGUUCCGUUUGGUUUUGUUGUAUGCGAUCUUUAAGCUACAGGACUGUAGAUGUAUUUUAUAAGAGUGAAAUCAAAACUCAUAUCGAAAAGUCAUAUGCGCCAUUCAUUAUAUAUUAGUAAUAAAAUUUAAAGUUUACAAUUAGCGUGACACCGCGUUUCGGUUUUUAUUAUUUCACGAGUGACGGUGUGAUCUUACAGCGCUUAAAGCGGGUUGUUUUAACGGCAAUUUGUAUGGAAUGAAAGUAACGCCAUCUAGUGAAAGAAAGAAAGUUAUCGAAUCUUUUAAAGAACUGUAGGCACACAGAAUAGCAUUGGAGGUGUAAAAAUAUUGCUAUCUCUGUCUUAUUAAUAGUCAACGGUCCUGUCGUAUUGGUUUAAAGAUUGUCUACAGCGGAAUUAGCACAGACGUAUCGAGAUCAUUUGAUUAUAUAGAGUUUUAUUUUUAAGAGUUUAGUUGUUAAAAUAUUGUCAUUAUGUCUGAAUUUUGUUAGUUGCUGUUGCUUUAGUAAGUCUACGUAUCUUAAUCAUAAUGUCGUGUCUUGAAAAUUCGCUAAUGUUAAUGUUCCUUACAGCGUCAAUGUCUAUAGGCGAUGGUCACCAUUUACCAUCAGCUCCAUCUGCCCACAACUGAUACAAACAGUUCUCGAAUAAUAUAUCUCUAUAUACAACACGACACUGUUACACUUAACCACUUAUAUACACUUUAGUUUUACUUCCAAUGUUCCGAUAUAGGAAUUUCGAUAUUCGAAAUGGCAUUUUUUUCGCGAUUUGAUUUUGUCUAAUGUUCCUUACAGCGUCAAUGUCUAUAGGCGAUGGUCACCAUUUACCAUCAGCUCCAUCUGCCCACAACUGAUAUAAACAGUUCUCGAAUAAUAUAUCUCUAUAUACAACACGACACUGUUACACUUAACCACUUAUAUACACUUUAGUUUUACUUCCAAUGUUCCGAUAUAGCAAUUUCGAUAUUCGAAAUGGCAUUUUUUUCGCGAUUUGAUUUUGUCUAAUGUCUCAAGUUGUUUGAUUCGAAUAGGCUGUAGAUAUUCAACAAUUCUUUUUUUCCAAUAGCACUUCAUUACACACACUAGACGUCCAAAUUGUUCAGUGACAUAUUACCCUAAAAUUAUUGUAUAUAAGGGUUAGUUGCUUUAAUGAAUUGUCGAAAUUAUACUCUUUUAUAUAUGUGAUAAGUAGAUGGACUGCCAUAUGGGUCACAAAUAGACAUUGGCGCGGUAAUAUUAGCCAUUUACACCGCCAAUGCACCACCAACCUCAGGAACUAAGAUGUUAUAUCCUUUGUGCCUGUAGUUAAACGGACUCAUCUUUCAAACCAGAAUACCUUAGUCCCCAGGGUUGGUGGCGCAUUGGCGAUGUAAGUAUUGUUUAACAUUUCUUACAUCGCCAAUGUCUUGAAUGUAUUUAAAAAAAUCGUUUUCAGUGAAUUACAAAUAUAUAGUGUAUAAAUAUGUAUUCAUUACUUGAACAGCGUAAGUCUGUAAUUGGCUUAUAGAUCAUAACUCAAAAAUAUUACACCCACUUACCGCACGCGUUAACUUUGUAAUACGAAACCUUGAAAAUAAAAAAUGUCAUAUUUCUGUCUCUCUCUCAAGUAUGUGGUUAGAACGAGAUAGUAGUUCUUUAACAGAAUCGAUACCUUCGUCUAUACCAAUGACGUACGUCUACUCUAAGAUCUAUGGUUAGCCGUUAAUUUUAAAAAUAAAUCUCUCAGAAGUGAAUGCCUUAUUAGAUUAACAGCUUAUAUUUAAUUCUAGUGUAAAUUAAAUGAAAAGAUUUCAA